AUGGAGAUUGGAUCGAGAGACCAACCACCCAAACACGAAGAAAAACUGGAGAAUGGGUCGAGAAAAUGGCAUUUUCAUGGGAAACAAGAGAUGAAUAGAGCUUCUUCAUUAUCUGUUCGAGGUAUUCUUAAGGCGAUAACUGACAAUCUCAAUGGAGCUGAUCAAAGGCCGACUAUUAUGCUUGGCCGUGGAGAUCCCUCAGAGUAUCCCUGUUUUCGAACCACGCCAAUUGCCGAAGACGCCCUUGUUGAUGCGAUUCGCUCUGCUAAAUUCAACUGUUAUGCUCCUGCCAUUGGUAUUCUGCCAGCAAGAAGGUCUGUGGCAGAUUAUCUCUCUGAGGAUCUUCCAUACAAACUAUCGCCGGAUGAUGUUUGUCUCACUGUUGGUGCCCAUCAUGCAAUUGAAGUAAUAUUGACAGUUCUUGCUCAACCUGGUGCGAAUAUCUUGCUUCCUAGACCAGGGUAUCCAUAUUAUGAAGCUGUGGCCAAAUUGAGCCAUCUUGAGGUCCGCCACUUCGAUCUUCUCCCAGAACAGGGUUGGGAGGUUGAUCUUGAUGGUUUGGAAGCAUUAGCAGAUGAUAACACUGUUGCUUUAGUUAUCAUCAACCCUGGAAAUCCCUGUGGGAAUGUUUUCAUUGGUUGUUGGGUUGCAAGACCACUUUUAAAGGUUGCGGAGACUGCAAGAAAGCUUGGAAUUCUUGUGAUUGCAGAUGAAGUUUAUGGCCAUCUAGCAUUUGGAGGUAACCCAUUUGUGCCAAUGGGAGUGUUUGGAUCAAUUGCACCUGUUCUUACAAUUGGGACAUUAUCAAAGAGAUGGAUUGUUCCUGGUUGGCGACUUGGUUGGAUUGCAACUAAUGAUCCCAAUGGCAUCCUUCAAAAAUUUGGGAUUGUUGAGUCAAUUAAGAGCUAUCUUGAAAUUGCUGCUGAUCCUGCGACUUUCAUUCAGGGGGCGGUUCCUCAGAUCCUAGAGAAAACGACUGGGUGUUUCUUCCAGAAGAUUAUUACUGUACUCACAGAAGCUGCAGAUAUUUGUUAUGGUGAACUCAAAGAGAUCCCUUGCAUUACUUUUCCACACAAACCAGAAGGGUCCAUGUCUGUAAUGGUGAAGCUGAAUCUGUUGGUACUAGAUGGCAUAGAAGAUGAUAUGGAUUUUUGUACCAAGCUUGCUAAAGAAGAGUCUGUUAUCAUUCUACCAGGUGUUGCUGUGGGACUGAAGAAUUGGCUCCGUGUAACUUUUGCCAUUGAGCCGACACCUCUUAAAGAUGGCCUAGGCAGAGUGAAAGCCUUCUGCUUGAGGCAUGCUAAGAAGGAAUGA